AUGAUUGAUCAAAAGAAUGGAGAAAUCUCUAACUUUGCCUAUUUGAUGCAUCUCAACACAUUAGCUGGACGAUCCUAUAAUGACUUGAUGCAGUAUCCUGUAUUUCCAUGGGUAUUAGCUGACUAUGAGAAUGCUGUACUUGAUCUAAAUGAUCCAAAGACAUUUAGAGAUUUUAGUCUUCCAAUGGGAGCUCAGUCUAAAAGAUUGGAAAUGUUUAUUGAGCGGUACAAAUACUUUGAAGAUCCAAUGGGUGAAGUGUCUACUCCUUACUAUUAUGGUACACAUUAUUCUUCAGCAAUGUCUGUGGCUUCAUUUCUUAUUAGAAUGGAACCCUUUACUAAUUAUUUUAUCAAAUUUACAGGUACACGUGUGAAUGGUGGUCACUUUGACUUAGCUGAUCGUAUGUUUCAUAGUAUACCAGAAGCAUGGAAAUCUGCUAGUGAUAGUAACAUGGCUGAUAUUAAAGAACUUAUACCAGAGUUCUUCUAUCUCCCAGAAUUUCUAAAAAACACCAAUCAAUAUGAUUUAGGUGUCAAACAGAAUAGAGAUGUACUAGGUGAUGUAGUUCUACCACCUUGGGCUAAAGGAGAUCCUUUAGAAUUUAUAAGAGUCAACAGAGAGGCUCUGGAGUCAGAUUAUGUAUCUGCUCAUCUUCACAAGUGGAUUGAUCUUAUAUUUGGAUAUAAACAGCAGGGAAAAGAUGCUGAGAGGGCCCACAAUGUCUUCCAUCCACUCUUCUAUGAAGGAACAGUUGAUAUUGAUACAAUUGAAGAGCCAGUUCGUCGAAAUGCUGUCAUCUCUUUUAUACAUAACUUCGGACAAAUGCCUAAACAACUCUUUAAACGACAACAUCGUAGUAGAAAAGUCUUUGCUGGUACUGCAUUAGGGAAUCCUACUACAGAUCCUUCCACAAUAGGGACUCUGUUACCACAAGUAUUCUUCAAGAAUGUAGCUCAGUUACUACCAUCCAAAGAUCCUAUAAAAGUUAUUAAUGGUGAAGUUGGUACAAUUAUUGUCCCUCCAUCUGAUCGUCAAUUGUUAGUUCUGGAAAAGAGGAGGAUCCUAUUACCAGGUCAUUAUCCUCGGUACUUUGCCUGGGGUUACAUGGACCAUAGUGCUAGAAUAGCACUUGUAGAAGGAGACAAAUGUAUCUCAGUCUUUGAAGGUCUUCAACAAGGUAGAAUUCAUUGUGCAUCUGCUCUAGACGAGAAUAUACUUCUAACAGCUGGAGAAAGUACUAUGUUUGAAUGGGACAACGACAAUGUUAUUGUUACUGGAUCAUCUGAUGGAGUAGUCAGACUAUGGCGUGUUGAAUAUGAAAGAGAUGACGCUGACCAGCUACCUCAUGACCUUUAUCCAGCCACACCCCCUUCUAUAUAUGUUGAUACUGAAUAUCCUACACUCUGUCCAGUUUACCCUGGAAGACCUCUAAAACUGGUCAGAUCUACUAGAGAUACUAGUUCAGACAGCAUUGCAAAUGACAAAGAAGAGGAAGAUGAAUUUGAUACAUCAGCAGCUAUUGAACAACUGGAAUCAUCUGAUACAGAGAGCUCUGAGGCUUUGAGAGGAACGACUAGCCUUGACAGAGAAGAGGAUGAAGUACCCAGUACAAUAACUACUGCUAAUGUUGAUGAUGAUGAGUUAACUCAAGAUACAACCAAGUCAGAUGCUAUUACUGAAGACAAGACUACUGAAGAAUCAUCAGUGCUCAUACUCUCACAAUGCAUAUUCAUAUCAGAGACAAGACAAUGCCUCGCAGCUGCUGUUACUAGUAUAGCUGUGUCUAAAGAUCACAGAAAAUUGUUUAUUGGUGAUGCUCGAGGAAGAGUCUUUAGUUGGUCUGUAGCUGACAGUCCAGGUGGAGUAAUGGAACACUGGAUUCUUGAUGAUGCUGUUAAUAAUUGUAUGAGAUGUAAUGUAGAGUUUACACUAACUGAAAGAAAGCAUCAUUGUCGUGACUGUGGAAAAAUUUUCUGUGCAAAAUGUAGUGAUUACCAAAGUGAAAUAGAGAGACUAAGAAUUACCAAGAAAGUUCGUGUGUGUCUUGAUUGUUAUGAUAGACUAAGAUUUACAUAA